ACCUGUUUUUCAGCUCACCGUAGAAGAAGUAGAAAUGCUCCAGUAGGGAAGAGAGGCUGGACCUAUCUUCAGUCUUCUGUAGGUGUUGUAAAAUUAAGCGCUUUGUUACUCGACUUUUACCAGUUUUACAACGGGCAAAUGAACCAAAACGCAAAGUUGGACAAAAACAGCUGAUACUCUCAAAAAUAGAAAUGGCGGACGAGGAAAUAGACUACAACAUCGUGUUUCCAGACGCGGGGACGCUGGGUGAGCAUCAUUUCAUUGUACUGUGUGUCCAUGCCUCAGCUAGCUUAUCGCACAGGCUAAUGUUAGCACUUAAGGUAACCGUCAUACACAGCUGAUUUCAGCCGUGGGCUUUAGCAGGCUAGCUUAGUUUAGCCGAGCUCACAGUGACAGCCCCGGUGUCACGCUGCUCUGUCGUCUGGUUUGUUUUCAGAGAGACACUGGCAGGGGACAAAGGAGCCAGUGGUGAUCUUGCUGGGCUGGGCAGGCUGCAAAGACAAACACCUCUCCAAAUACAGCUCUAUCUACAAUGAACAGGUGAGAAAAACUGUGUUUAUUCUUUUAUGACAAACAUUUAUUCAACCAAGAGGUGCCUAUUGUGAUUAGAAAGUGUGACCUUAAGACCGUGAGCAAAUAGUUUCAACCAAAUAAUAAGACAUGCAUAAAACCACAAUCUCACAAGAGUCAGACUACACAGGCCUGAGUGUCCCUCAGCGUACAGUUGCAAAGAAUAUGAGGGUUUCAUCAACAUUUGUUCACUGAAAGUUGUGGAGAACAAGAGGGACAAGGUCCAAAACCACUUGGGCCAUGGUUUUCUGACCCUCAUGUGGCUGCAUAAAAACAGUCAUAACUGCACCUGAAAACUAUUGUCUGUGAACACAGUUUGGUGCUGCAUCCACAAAUUUUUGCUCAAGUUAUACUAGCGCAAAAAGUAAAUCACAUACUAUUUCUUCAUGGUCCAGAAGGGGUUGUUCCAAGCCCUUUUAAAGGGAUAUUCCAUUGUACAAUUAAUUUAGGGUCAAACACACCGCAACACUGAGUCAGACUCCUCUUCAAGAGAUGAAUGUUGCAGACCGCUUGCUUCUCUAGUUAUACCAACUUCAGCAACGACCGCACAAUAGCAAUACACAGCGGUUUAAGGAGCCAUAAACAAACCUCAACCAAAAAGCCACUCUAUAGCCACAAAUAAUGCUCAGAACAGCACCUAACUUCAUCAACAGUACAAAUAGGGUCCCAGGCAGAGUAUGAGCCAUCAAACAUUUUUUUAGCUUUGCCUGAUUUCUUUAGCAUAGAGACUAAACACAACUCAUCCACUCUUCCAGCAACCACUUGUUUGUAGCGAGACCCUUAGGCCAGUCCAUUACAGACAACAGCGGGGUGACGCAGCUCAAGGAAGAACAUUAUGAUCCUUACUCUAUCAUUUCCUAACAAUCAUCACAUUAAACAUUUUCCACGCAGUAGUUCUUCCGCCUUAGCGUCUCGGUCUGAUUGUAUUUCCAUGAAGAAAUGAUCAUAAAUGUUCUUCGUUAAACUGCGUCACCCUGCUGUAGUCUGUAAUAGACUUGCCUGAGGUCUCUGUACAAACAAGUGGCUACUGGAAGAGAGUGGGUGAGUUGUGUUUGGUCUCUUUGUUAAAGAGAUUAGGCAAAGUUAAAAAGAUGUUUGGUGGCUAGUGCUAUGGCUGGGACCUUAUACUGUAUGUACUGUUGAUGAAGUUAGGUGCUGUUCUGAGCAUUAUUUGUGGCUAUAGAGUGGCUUUUUGGUCGAUGUUUGCGCGUGGAGACGUAGACCACUGUGUAUUACUAUCAUACAGUCAUUACUUAAGUUGGUAUACCUAGAGAAGCAAGUGGUUAAUCUUUUGAGAGGGUGUCUAACUCAGUGUUACGGUGUGUUUGACCAUAACUUAGGGUGCAAAGUCCACACUUAACAGGAUGUUGAUCUAGCUUGUCUGUUUGUUUGCACCAUCAGGAUUUAAGGUUCAUCUGGAGUUGUUGAGUGUAACAAAUAAACUAACCAUAAUAUUGUUGCAGUGCAGAUGUUUCCACUGUAUUUGGCUAAACAGUGAAAAGGUCUGGAGUGUCUAAGUGCUGAUUGUCUUUACUCGGGUGAAAGGCCUCAAGUAACUGCUGUUAACUCUCAUAAUUGACUAACAAGAAUGUUAAGGUAUAUCAAAUAUGAUAAAUCAAUGUAAUGUGGUGAAAAUUUACAGUGGAAAAUGACGACAGUGAUGUCAAGUAGUGAAAUAGCCAACUGUAACAGAGCUUAGAUAAGAUGUAAACUGUUACUAUAGAAAUCAGACUAUAUCCUCUCAUGGAAAACAAUGAGAUCAAAGUCUGCGUUCAUUUUUGAUUGAUGUGAUCUAUCCUGGAGACCACAUUGUUCACACAAAACAGCCAGUAAACACAUCUGCUCCUCCUCAUCCUCCAAAUAAUCCCAUCUUUCUAAAGCAUGCACAAUGACAACCACGGUUUGACAAAAGCUCAGUUUUUACAGUCUCAGCUCUAACGUUUGGGACAGACAAUAAGAAAAGCUACUGUAACUGAAGGGUGUGUGCUCCUGUAGAGAGCAGAUCUAAGGUGGACUAUUAAGUAAGAAUACCACCAUGUUUUUAGAUUUGGUUUAACAUGCUCUGUUAAGGACAAAGAUAAAAGUGGUGGCCAGAAACUGCUUUCAAAUUUAACACUCUGCUUACGGCUUUUUUUUGUCCAUUUGGUAGCAUUGUGUAGUUUUUGAGGUGAACAAACAUGUCCAAAAUUGAAGCCUCUUCUUGUGUCUUUUCUCUGUCUGUAGGGAUGUGUGACAAUUCGCUACACUGCUCCCUUAAAGACGGUCUUUAUUUCAGAGUCGUUUGGCUACAAAGAGCUGAGCAGCACGGCUCUGAAGCUGCUGGAGAUCCUCUAUGACUACGAGGUGGAGAACAGUCCAAUUUUCUUUCACAUAUUUAGUAACGGUGGCUUCAUGCUGUACCGUUACAUUGUAGAGUUACUGCACAGUGAUAAACAGUUUAGCUCCCUGUGUGUGGUUGGGGCCGUGGUGGACAGCGCUCCUGGUAGUGGGAAUGUCCGAGGGGCCCUGCGUGCACUCCAGGCCACUCUGGGGCCCAAAAUAAGUCCUGUUUUAAGGUACGUCCUCCUAGCUCUUUUUGCCGUGACUGUUUUUCUUUUGCGAAUCAUUCUGUACCCUUUGACCAAGUACAUCCACAAGAACCACUAUGAUGCAGUCCAGGAGAGGCCGCCCGCCUGGCCUCACUUCUUCCUGUACUCCAGAGCCGACCAGGUGAUUCGCCACGUGGAUGUUGAGGUAUUUUUGGCAACCUUGAAGCGGAAAGGCGUCCCCACAGACAGUUUUGAUUUUCUUUCCAGCCCUCACGUUGGUCACUAUCGGGAUUUUCCUGAGCAGUAUGCUCUGAAGUGCCGGGAUUUCCUGGUGGCCUGCAUGAAGGACUCUGAGGGACCAGAGAUAAAGAAGAGGCAGAGGGUUCAGGAUCAAUGAAACCUGAAGAGAAAGUCACAGGGCUUUGUCUUCCCUCUGUUAAUUAGUCUGAACCACUGGAUUUCACAGCAACUGCUUUUUUUUCUCAGUGGUUUUAAAAUCGGUUAGAAAAGUGGCAGAAAACCUUUGAGAUGAGCUACUGAAAGAUCUCAGCAAUGUUUAAUCAUUCCUAGUGCACAUAAUUCACCACUUUACCCCAAGGACCAUACUCUGAAACAUAAAGCUCAGGGUGGGGGAUUAAAAAGCAGUUGUAAUGUUGCUGUCAUGUUCCGGGUUAAAAUCACUAGUGGUGUUCAUAUUAUUGCGUCUCUGUUGAGCAGAAACCAGGAGCAAUGAACAAAUCAGAGUGACAGUGGGCCAUAUUUCAAAGUACAGUAACAUAUUUAGUAACUUAUUAACUACCUUUAGACAACAGCCAGUAGCAGCAUUGAAUCAAUUCCUAUCUGGCACGACCUUUGGGAAAUUUCUAAAAGCUUACAUUUGCCGAUAAAUGUUAGCUAUUGUUGGUUUACUUAAAAUUUAGCUGACCUGUCCCCCAGAUUUUAACUCUCUAUUGAUUUUUCUGGCUAAUCAAUCAAAAAGAAAUAGUAGUCAGAUCCCAUUUGCUUCAUAUGAUGCUCACACCUGGAACAAAGCCAUACGUACCCCUUUUUAAGUUUGGUGAGUGCUUUCAGCUUUUGGCCCCGGGUUGUCAGAGAAAAACAGACCUAAUGUGCAAACGGUGAAUAGGAAUGUUCCUCAGAUGUGGUUUAUGUGCACUACGUUUAAUCCACAUCUCAGCGUCAUAUGAAACACUGUAACUCACAUUCUUGUAAAGUGUGUGACAAAAAGGCCUAACCCUGCCCGUGUAAAAAUAACAAUACAAACUUGCUAUACACUGGAAUAUAAAUCCUUUAGGAUAAUUUAAAUGGUAUUUAAUAUUGCUGUGGAAAUGUGAUGCAUUGUAGAUUAGUAUUAGUGAUUCUAAAUCUGAGGAUGGGUAUUGGAACAAAUAUAAUCUGUAUCUUCUAUUUAUUGAAUUUGACAAUGUAUUAAUAGUUUAAUCUCACAAUAUGUCAUUCAAAUGAGGUCAUUAGGGAGUUAACAAUGAAGGCAACUGUGUUGAUUCUUAAAGGAACAUAAUAUGUCUCUCUAAAUACAAUACACUCCUGAAGUUGUUGCCUUAAACACAAAAAAAAAGAGCCUUUUUAAAUUUUGUCCUGGUCCUUAAAUUGUAAAAAACUGAGCUGUAAUGUGUUACACACAAUGAUUUGGUUCAAGAAAAGUGAUUGACGAUGAAUGUAAAUGUCCAACACAUUGUGUUAUUCUAACUGAUGUGCCUUCAAUAAACCAGAAUGAUCCUGAAAGAGUGUGUUG